UUGAAGAACUUCCGUUUAGGUUAUAACUACAUUCUCUCAUUUUUCUUUAUGAUUUUAUUAUUUAAACUAUCGAAUGUCUCAUCUUUCUUGGUCAUUCUUACUCGUUUUGAACUUUUAUGUAUUUGUCUAAUAUGAAUGAAGGAAAUAUGUAGGUACAAUGAAGGCCAUGGAGCACCACACUCAAUAUUUUUCUUUUUCUAUAAUAUUUUAUAUGACUGAUGAACCUUGAAACAAAACAGUAUAUUAGAUUAAAAACUGGCCAGAUGUUUGAUAACUUAAAAAUUUAAUUUGUUCAUAAUUUCAAGAUUACAGGUAAGUUGCAAGAAUGGUACAAAGAGUUCCUAGAUACCAUUAAUGGAUUCUUUAACUCUUCCUCACAUGCUUAGGCUUUUAAAAUAGCCUUCUUGAUCACUAUUCUAAUUUCAGUACAAUCUAGAUAUUUUCACAUUAUAUUCCAGGUAUUAUCACAGUAAUAUAAAUGAUAUGUCUGACAUAUGAUGAAUGAUUUUCUUCAUUGCUCACAAAAUACCUUUUUAUUUCAAGUAGGAAUAGCUACUGUACUAUUCUUAUUUACAUGAAAUAUAAUAAAAUCAUUUCUCAAUUUAAAAAUAUUUAACCAUCUGUACCAUACAGUACAGUUGGUAACCAACUGUGGCUCAAACCAGUUUCAGAUGAUCCCAAACUUAUCAUAGUAUACCACUGCACUGUGCCUAUUACCAAGUGAAUCUUCUAAUGUGCAUUUUACAUAUUUUAACUUUCUAUUUCUACAAAAAUAUCCAGAGGCUUCUCCUUAAGCAGAGAAUAAAGUCUUACAUACCCCAGCCUGGUAGUAAAGGCAUUAAAAUUUCCAGCCUUAUAUCUACUUUCUUACAUAUCUUUAGUUUAGGAUCUGGAAUAUAGUAUAUGUUCAAUCACCUUUUAAAAACAUAUGGGGGUCUUGUUAUGUUGCACAGGCUGGACUAGAACUUCUGAGUUCAAGUGAUCCUCCAUUUCAGCCUUCCAAGUAGCUGGGACUACAGGCAGGCUCCACUACUCCCAGCUUCAAUCAAUAAUUUUAAAUAAAUAUAUGGUAUUGAAAUGUAUUACCUGGGCAUUCCCCUCUAUCUUAGAAAUGGGAGUAAGCCCUAGAAAUCAGAUAAUGUUUUAUUGAAGAGUGUCUUGAAAGAUAGAUAACAUUUUACCAAGAAAGUGUUACAGAUGGAGAGAUAAGUAUGAACAACUGCACAGUAUAUGGUGUAAUUGAAGGAUUAGAGCAGGGGAGAUUGUGAAGGCAGGAAAGCUAUUUCUUUUCUAAUAAAUUAGGUAUCAAGUAAUGGAGACUUAAAUUAUGGCAGUAGAAAUGAAUUGAAAAAGACAUAUACAAGAGGCACUGGCAAAGUAGAAGCAGCCAGAUAAUGACAGACUCAAUACAAAUGAUAAGAGAAAAACAAAAGUAGAAGGUGACUCUCACUCUUUCAGUUUGUUCAACUGAGAAGAUGAGAUUGCCAUUAACCAACUUGCAGAAUAAGGUUGGAGAAACAGUUUGUGUGUAUUUGAGCAGGUAGGGAAUGGAGAUGAACAUGUAAGAAAAUGUUACUUUGAGGUCCUAAGAGAAUACCGUUGUGAUUGGAAAUAUGGGUCUGGAUCUCAGAAGAGAUUAUUGAUAUAGAUUUUGGGAACAACUCCUUUAGAGAAAAAAAUAAUCCAUGAAAGAAUAAAAUUGCCAAGAUAGACAUUGAAAAGUGAAAAACAAUGUGUCCAGGUACUUAGGUGGGUAAGUGUGUCACUUCCUGUGGCUGCUAUAACAAACGAACACAAACUGGGUGCUGUAAAACAACAAAAGUUUAUUAUGUCUCAGUAUUGGAGACCAGAAGUCCAAAAUUAAGGUGUUGUCAGGGUUAUACUCUCUUUGGAGGCGUCAGGGAAGAAUCUGACUUUUGUUUCUUUCAGUUUCUGUUGGCUGUUGGUGUUCCUUGGCUUGUGGCUGCACCACUCCUAUCUCAGCCUUCUCAGCUUUCAUGGUCACAUUGCCCCCUCCUCUCCAUGUCUCUCUCUAUGUGUUGGUUUUACAAAGGUACAUGUGAUUGUAUUUAGGGCCCAUCUGGAUAAUCCAGGACAAACGCCUUUCAAGAUCCUUAAUCAUAUCAUUCACCAUAUAAAGUAAAAUCCACAAGUUCCAGGGAUUAAGAUGUGGGCAUAACUUUUUGGGGACCACAAUUCAACCUAUUACAGUAGGCUUAAAAUCAUAGGAGGAUAGACAACAGGAAGCUGAAAUAAAGCUCAAAGUGCAAUAUAUUAAGUAUAUGUUAGAAGUUAAACGUGAAGGGAAAAAGAUAAACAGAAUAGGUUUUCCACCAGAAGUAGAACGUUUAAAUUAGUGUAUGUGCAUGUGUGUACGUAUACAUAUUUUAGUUAAAGAUGUUUGACUGUCUUCACAGUGUGAGUGAAAGAAACAAGUAAAAAAUAAGAUACUAGGCUGGGCGCGGUGGCUCACGCCUGUAAUCCCAGCACUUUGGGAGGCCGAGGCGGGCGGAUCACGAGGUCAGGAGAUCGAGAACCAUCCUAGCUAACACGGUAAAACCCCGUCUCUACUAAAAAUACAAAAAAUUAGCCAGGCGUGGUGGCGGGCGCCUGUAGUCCCAGCUACUCAGGAGGCUGAGGCAGGAGAAUGGCGUAAACCUGGGAGGCGGAGCUUGCAGUGAGCAGAGAUCGCGCCACUGUACUCCAGCCUGGGCGACAGAGCAAGACUCUGUCUCAAAAUAAAUAAAUAAAUAAAAUAAGAUACUAAAAAUAAGACAGGCAGCAGGUGAAUUUAGAUGAAAACUAUGAGAGAAUAGAAAAUAAUUUUUAAGAGCAUAUGGUUGACCUUAAAAGUGGGAACAGUUUUUCCUUACAACUAGUAGAAAAUGAAAACAGAUGAUACAAGGAAAAAUGACACAAGAAGAGAGCAAUUGAAUUUCUGUUUUGUCACAUCUCUCAAUGUGUGAAUCAUCUGAAAGUGAACUGAUGGAAAUGACGUUGAGAAUUUGAGAAGAGAGGGAAGAGAAUAUGGAAGAAUCUCUGUAAGCGAGAGGGAGGAAUUAAUUAUGAAUUCACUUGAGAGCCCAACUGAGGUAAAGGUGAGAGUAAGUUUGAAGAGAAUAGUCAUGGUUAAGUGACAAUAUUGAGCAGCUUAAUAGGAAGAAUAGAGAAAAUGGAUUGUCAGGGUAACUGCAUGUUGGAGGCUAAAAAGAAUGUUAGAGGAGUAAUAUAAAUAGGUGAAUGACUCUAGAGUGUCUGGAACGGCAUAUUUUAAAUGGUUGACUAUGUAGUCUAAUUAUGUGAAAAGGUAAAUAAAGAAAUGCAGGGCCAGAUAGAAAGAAUUAGAAGAGAAAUACUAUGUUAGUAAAAGUAAUGGAGCAGGAGAGGAUGAUGAGGGUAAGAGAAUACCAAAUACCCUGCCUAAAUUUUCAGAGGAGAGCAGAGCUAUGGAAAUAAACCCAACAGUCAUUUCCUAUAGAGUUGUGCACAGAACAGGCCAGAUAAUUAUUGGAGCUAUGAUAUAUUUUUCGUUACACCAUUUCGCCUGGGAUUUUGUGGCUUGGUAGAGAUAGUUAUAACAACAGAUAAAAGUAAGAUCCUCUUCCUUUUUUCCUCGCUAAAGAUAUGCUAACAUCUUUGUCUAGCUAUUGUUUCUUGGAAAAUUAAAGUCAAUUUAAAUGACGGCAAGGUUUUACUCAGUGAUGAUGAAGUAAGAUGAAGAGAGAAAAUGGAAAAUUUAACCUACUGGUUAAAUUCUGUUUAACCAGGACGCCUAUUCGGGCUACAGUGAGUGGCUUUCGUAUAAAUUGCAGCCGGCGGCGGUAAGUUAAAUUCUACUAAGUAAAUAGGAUAUUAGUUCCAGGCAUAUUUUAUAAAAACAGAAUCGAAAACCUUAGAGCAUUGUUGUGUCUAAAUUAUUGUGUUUAUGCACAUACACACACUCACGUACAAAAUCCCACACAUAUUGACUGAACACUUUCUUUUGAAUAUAAAUAUCUACAUCUCAAGUCACAUUGAAGGAAAUUUAUAAAUAUGAUGUAUUUAUUCAAAAUCUGAUAUAUCAGUUACCAAUAUUUUUCACCUUCACCGAUUUUAUUCUUAUGUGAUUGUUAUGUUUCCUUUUGGAGUCGAUGGCUGUUGUGUGAGGAGGUCUUGAAAAAUAUUACAGGAAGAGGACAGUACCACAAAAACCUACAUGACUAUGCAAAACUACCGAUCAAUUGUCCCAAAACGAGUGUCGAAUAUUCUUUGUCUUAAAGUUCUGCAUGGAAUUCUUACACAUGGAAAAGUAAAUUUGUGGCAAAAUGAAACUCAUCAACCAAUUGUCAGCUAAUAUAAAAUGUUGAGCAGAAUGCAGUGAUUUGCUGUUUCUGGGAAGGUAAACAUUUAAUCUUCAAUUACAUAUUUGCAGUGAAAAUGUCAGGAAAUGCAAGGGGAAAAAAACUACAUCAAUGGAAAAUAUGAAGACUGAGUCAUACUUACACUUACACGUUCAUGCGCAUGGUGUCGCUCUUCACUGAGAACGUUUCCGCGAAGAAAGAGCCGCCGUUUCUUCCUGCAGAAAAUAUAGCAGAAAGCGGAAUACUUCUUGCGAAUCCUUCCGCACUAGGAAGCCAUAAAAAUUGGGCCUUGAGAGGCAGUUUGAGGUAAGGCGUUGUAUGUAUUGCAGAUAGCUCUGAGGUUUUUGGAGUGUACCAUGCUGUCUUCCUGGCAAGGAGGCCCAAGACCGCGGCAACUACUGCUCUGGCUUCUGAUCCUCGCAGCCUGGGAGACGGGUAGUGGCCAGCUCCACUACUCCGUCCCCGAGGAAGCAAAACACGGCACCUUUGUGGGCCGCAUCGCUCAGGACCUGGGGCUGGAGCUGGCGGAGCUGGUGCCGCGCCUGUUCCGGGUGGCGUCCAAAACACACGGGGACCUUCUGGAGGUAAAUCUGCAGAAUGGCAUUUUGUUUGUGAAUUCUCGGAUCGACCGCGAGGAGCUGUGUGGGGGGAGCGCGGAGUGCAGCAUGCACCUGGAGGUGAUCGUGGACAGGCCACUGCAGGUUUUCCAUGUGGAGGUGAAGGUGAGGGACAUUAACGACAACCCGCCCAUAUUCCCUGAAAGCAAGAAACGAAUAAUCAUUGCAGAAUCUAGACCUCCGGAAACUCGAUUUCCACUAGAUGGCGCAUCCGAUGCAGAUAUUGGAGUAAACUCGGCAUUGACCUACCGACUGGAUCCCAACGAUUAUUUCACUUUGGACGCACAAAAUAGUCUUGAGCAAAUGUCUUCAUUAUCACUUGUACUGAGGAAAACACUGGACAGAGAGGAAAUUCAGGAACAUAGUUUAUUACUGACAGCCAGUGAUGGAGGUAAACCCGAGCUGACUGGCACAGUUCAGCUGCUCAUCACGAUUCUGGACGUGAAUGACAACGCCCCGGAAUUUUACCAAUCCGUUUAUAAAGUGACGGUGUUAGAGAACGCAUUCAAUGGAACAUUAGUGAUCAAGCUAAAUGCCACAGAUCCUGAUGAUGGUACAAAUGGAGAUAUAGUUUACUCAUUUAGAAGGCCUGUAUCGCCUGCAGUGGUAUAUGCAUUUACCAUAAAUCCGAACAAUGGAGAAAUUAGGACAAAAGGCAAACUAGAUUUCGAAGAAAAGAAAUUGUAUGAAAUAUCCGUGGAGGCAGUUGACAAAGGAAAUAUUCCAAUGGCGGGUCAUUGUACCCUUUUGGUGGAAGUACUAGAUGUAAAUGAUAACGCCCCAGAGGUUGCCAUCACUUCUUUGUCACUUCCCAUCAGAGAAGACACUCAGCCUAGCGCCAUCAUUGCCCUAAUCAGUGUGUCCGAUCGGGACUCUGGCUCAAAUGGACAGGUCACCUGCACCCUGACGCCGCACGUCCCCUUCAAGCUGGUGUCCACCUACAAGAAUUACUACUCAUUAGUGCUGGACAGCGCCCUGGACCGCGAGAGCGUAUCAGCCUAUGAACUGGUGGUGACCGCGCGGGACGGGGGCUCGCCUUCGCUAUGGGCCACGGCCAGUGUGUCCGUGGGGGUGGCCGACGUGAACGACAACGCGCCGGCGUUUGCGCAGCCCGAGUACACGGUAUUCGUGAAGGAAAACAGUCCGCCGGGCUGCCACAUCUUCACGGUGUCUGCGCAGGACGCGGACGCACAGGAGAACGCUCUGGUCUCUUACUCGCUGGUGGAGCGGCGGGUGGGCGAGCGCGCGCUGUCGAGCUACGUGUCGGUGCACGCGGAGAGCGGCAAGGUGUACGCGCUGCAGCCGUUGGACCACGAAGAACUGGAGCUGCUGCAGUUCCAGGUGAGCGCGCGCGAUGCGGGCGUGCCGCCUCUGGGCAGCAACGUGACGCUGCAGGUGUUCGUGCUGGACGAGAACGACAACGCGCCGGCGCUGCUGACGCCCGGGGCUGGCAGCGCGGGAGGCACAGUGAGCGAGCUGGUGCCGCGGUCGGUGGGUGCAGGCCACGUGGUGGCGAAGGUGCGCGCGGUGGACGCCGAUUCGGGCUACAAUGCGUGGCUUUCGUAUGAAUUGCAGCUGGCGGCGGUCGGCGCGCGCAUCCCGUUCCGCGUGGGGCUGUACACUGGCGAGAUCAGCACGACGCGCACUCUGGACGAGGUGGACGCGCUGCGCCACCGCCUUCUGGUGCUGGUGAAGGACCACGGUGAGCCCGCGCUGACGGCCACGGCAACGGUGCUGUUGUCGCUGGUGGAGAGCGGCCAAGCGCCACAGGCGUCGUCGAGGGCGUCGGCAGGUGCUGUGGGUCCAGAAGCGGCGCUGGUGGAUGUCAAUGUUUACUUGAUCAUUGCCAUCUGCGCGGUGUCCAGCCUGUUGGUGCUCACGCUGCUGCUGUAUACUGCGCUGCGGUGCUCGGCGCCGCCCACCGAGGGCGCGGGCGCGCCGGGCAAGCCCACUCUAGUGUGCUCCAGCGCGGUAGGGAGUUGGUCGUACUCGCAGCAGAGGCGGCAGAGGGUGUGCUCUGGGGAGGGCCCGCAUAAGACGGACCUCAUGGCUUUCAGUCCCAGCCUUCCUCCUUGUCUGGGUUCUGCAGAGGGAACAGGCCAGAGGCAGGAGGACUCAGAAUGCUUGAAAGAGCCACGACAGCCCAACCCUGACUGGCGUUACUCUGCCUCCCUGAGAGCAGGCAUGCACAGCUCUGUGCACCUAGAGGAGGCUGGCAUUCUACGGGCUGGUCCAGGAGGGCCUGAUCAGCAGUGGCCAACAGUAUCCAGUGCAACACCAGAACCAGAGGCAGGAGAAGUGUCCCCUCCAGUCGGUGCGGGUGUCAAUAGCAACAGCUGGACCUUUAAAUACGGACCAGGCAACCCCAAACAAUCCGGUCCCGGUGAGUUGCCAGACAAAUUCAUUAUCCCAGGAUCUCCUGCAAUCAUCUCCAUCCGGCAGGAGCCUACUAACAGCCAAAUUGACAAAAGUGACUUCAUAACCUUCGGCAAAAAGGAGGAGACCAAGAAAAAGAAGAAAAAGAAGAAGGGUAACAAGACCCAGGAGAAAAAAGAGAAAGGGAACAGCACGACUGACAACAGUGACCAGUGAGGUCCUCAAAUGGAAACAAGCCACUUAGCCAGUUUUUGUAAUAAUGGCAAAUCUCUCCCAUGUAGCAAUUCCCUGCUCCUUUUUCCUAUCUACAUGAGCCCUCUUAGAGACCUCAGAAAUCUGCAGAAAGUUCCCUGUGUCUGUCUAGAACGCAUUUAACAGGUUUUGUCAUAAAAGCUUUACUAAGUCUGGUGUUAACUCUUUCUCUCCACUCUGGCUUGUUUUCAGAACCUAAAAAGCAGACCCAAGUUUCCUUUCUCCUCCGCCGCAAAGGAGAGGCUUCCCAGCCCCGCCAGUGAGAGGUUGGACUCUCUGCCCUGUGCUCCGGGGAUCCUGUCUUGAUGACACUUGCAGGGCAGGCUGAAAAGUUUUGAGAUUGAGCAGCUUGGGUGUUUGUGGCCACUGGGUAUGUGUGGCUACCGCGGGUAUGCGAGUGCCAGAUAUUGGCUGAGACGGGCCAGCUUAGACUAAUUGGUACAAGGAAGGCAAGAAAACAAAGACAAAUAAACAGCCGAAGUUAUUGUAGAGGGGAAGUGUAAACUAAAAGGGACCAGACUUUCUAAAUCUUACAACUCAAGAGGUGGCGGCCACCCUCUAGGAGACAAAACUACCCCCACUGACAAGGCUUUAGGAGACCCUAAAGUCUGUUGGCUGUGAUGUCAUUAUACCUAAAAUCUGCAUCAUACCUGCAAGCCAACAGUUCAAUGUUUUAACAGAGAACCACCCUGGGAAACAGAAGCAGAUCUGGUAUGUUUCCUAUACAUGUCCUGUGUUCACUUUAUUAAAAAUUCUUUUGCACACAAUGUUUAUGAAAAGGCCAGAUCCUUUUCCAAUACUUAUGCAAAAGCAAAAGAAAACCCCAACACCUCACCUUUCGCUGUUUGUUGUUUCAUAGAUUUAUUUAAAAAAAGAGAAAGUCUAUAGCUAUAAAUCUUUAAAGAGAAAUAUGAAUACAAUUCCCCUAAACCCUCCUCAAAAGAGAAUUCAGUCUACAGCCAUUUAAAUGAUCAUUGCUGCUACAGAAGUGCUUUAAGAGAAUUGCCUGAAACAUCUGUAUUAUAUCGGCCACCUGCCAGUCACAGCUUUACUCUUUCAGGUCACUCUGGGGCUGCCUCUUGCAUGUAUUAAUAAAAUGAUCUCUCUCUCUCUCUCUCUCUCUUUUCUAAGAAACAAUUAUGUGCACUUUGAUACACAACCUUCUCUAACCAACUAUAUAUCAAGACCCAAAAAUUGAAGAAAAAUAUUGUUUUCUCAUACAGUGAACAGAUUUUUCGAUCUACUAAUUCUGUGAUUUGUCUUGGUGUGCUAGCCUACACCUUCUCUUUGGUUUAGUUUUCCUUUUCUAUAACACUCUGAAUUGCUAAUCUUACUAACACCUAUGAUGUUACCUGAAAUCAAUCUCCCAUAUGUAUGCUGUAUGCUAUGAUAAGACUCCUGAAAUAUACUUACUCUGUGCUUGUGUAUGUGAAUGUUAAUGCAACUAUUACCUAGAGUGAACUUUAAGCUUUAUUGUUGAAUGUAAUUCCAUUAUAUUUCCUUUUGUACACCUGUGAAAAAGUGGAGUAGUGUUUUUUUAACCAUUGUUAAUCAGCUUUUGUGUAUGAAAGACACAGUAAAAUUUCUUUCUUAAAUCAAGAUAUUGGUGAUUCAAGGAAUUUUAUUUAUGGUCCAGCCAAGAGCCAUCUCUUGCCAAGACUUCUGCUGGCAAGGGAAUGGAUAAAGCUGUUUUGUUCUAGUAACAAUUUUGGAAUGAAUACUGACAAUAUUCCAUGAGGGUGUGCAAGCACAAAUUUUACCAGUCUGACCUCUUUUGAAGUUGCAGAAUGCUUUGAAAUUCUAAUGGUAUCUGAAAUAUCAGCUCAUAGAAAGUAACAAAAUUUGCUGUCACCUUAAAUAAGACAUUUUAAUUUCGUUAUAAUGUACAAUUUAGAAGUUUGAUUAUAUUAUCUAUUUAGGCAUUAAUAUAAAAGAGGUAGGAGUCUGUUAUUUAAAAAAAGCAUUAAAUUAAAAAAAAACUGUCUUGUCUACUUUUAGCUUCAUUCUCCCAUAUUUUGAAGGGUGUGUAACUUCAGCUCUGCAGGAUUGCAUGGGGUAAAACUUGUUGCCAACACAUGUGAACCAUUGCUACAUUGUAGGUUGUGAUCAUUUUGCCCCACUGAAGCCCAUGUAUCUGACCUUACGUGCCUUUUGAACUAGGAGAAUCGGGCUAAUUUAUUAAUGAUGAUAAUUAUAAUGUAUCUGUACAGCACUUUUACAUUUGCGAAGUGCUUUCCAAUCCAUGUUAGUUACUAGUUAUUACAGCUGUAAGGAUAAAACACGUCAUGUGGAUUCAUUUUGAAUUGGUGCUAUUGGUAUUUCCUCUGUUAUUGCUAAUAAAUGAAAAUGGUGGUAUGAAAGAAA